CUGGACGACGAGAGAUGGAGGGGAAGACGGAGCCGAGCAUGGCUGAAUCCGCAGGCAUAAAACGGAAAGUACGCGAAGAUGAACCGGCAAGGCUGAAACAAGAUACGAUAGAGUUAGAGGUUGAACCGAGUAUGGCUGAAUACUCUGGCGAAGGUAGGAGAAGAGUCGAAGUUGAACCAGCGAGGCUGAACCAAGAUCCGAUGAAGUUAGAGGCCGAAUUAAGUAUGAAUAAAGAUACGAAGUCAGAGGCUGAAUCAAGUGUCGCUGAAUCAGAAUAUGAAGUGUUCCUGAGUUUCACAGGAUCCGACAAUCUCUUUGGGUUCGUUGAUUCCCUCCAUUGCAGCUUGUUAGCUGACGGCAUUCGCGUUUUCAGAGGUCUCGAAACCGUUUGUACUGCCAAAGAGCUUCGGCUAUCGGUGUACAGCUCCAAGAUCUACAUACCUAUCUUUUCCAGAAACUACGCUCGUAGCCCUCGGUGCCUUGACGCGCUCGCACUCAUGGUGGAACACACAGCUAGAUCAGGUGGGACGAAAGAGAUCCUGCCUGUUUUCUACGAUGUGGAACGGUUUGAUGUGAAGCUGGAAUCGUCACUCUACGGAGACGCCCUGGACGCGCACGGGCCGAUGUGGGGCGCUGAGAAAGUCGAGCAGUGGAAGGAGGCUCUUGUGGAGGCUAAUAAAGUUGAGGGAUGGAAUAGCAGCUCAUAUAAAGGUGGCAGUCAACGGGAUCUUGUCACAUUGAUCACUAGAGAAAUUUCACUUAAGCUGAAGAUAGGGCAUAAUUAUGAGCAUGAAGAUCUGUUCGAUGGUGCUGAUCACAUGUUAUUCUACAGGAGAUCGGCAUCCACGAGAUGGGUCCAGAUAAAAUCGGUAGUUGCCUUUCUGUGCCUCCUUCUUCGAAGGAUAAGAAACAGGACACAUUCAAAGCACAUGUUUCAGAGAAUGGUGUUAUCAUCUGGAACUUACAGUACCUCUGAGCUUGAAGACAGUCAAGAAUCGAAAGUAAAGGAAUUAUUGGAAUUGGAAGUAAACGAUGUACGAAUUGUUGGAAUCCAUGGUAGAGAUGGCAUUGGAAAGACUGCUCUUGCCAAGAUCGUAUAUGACCAAAUAUCCCUUCACUUUGAUGCUUGCAGUUUUCUUGCGGAGAUUGCAGAAACGACGCAGCAACCUGGCGGUGUUCAGUAUCUUCAAACGAAGUUGAUCUUUGAUAUUUUGAAACGAGAGUAUGAGGCUGCUUCUGCUUUCGAAGGAGUACAACUUUUGAAAGAAAUAUUUAGAAAUAUGAAAGUUCUCAUUGUUCUCGAUGAUGUGGAAAGGGGGUCCCUCCUUAAGAAGUUCAUAGGAGCUAAGCUUGAUUGGUUUGGUUCUGGAAGCAGAAUAAUUGUCACCUCAAAAGAAAGAAGCGUUCUCCAAGGGUUUGUUGAUCGAGGUUUGGCUCCAUCGUCUCACCAUGUUAUUCCAAUGCAUCCUAAUCGAGCUUUCCACUUUUUCUGGCACUGCGCAAUCGAAAAGAUUGAUGAACUAAACAGUCGUGAUUUACCUUCGUAUGUUUCUAUUGCAAACAACAUAGUAAAGGCUGUGAAGGGACUUCCACUGCUUCUCGAAGUUUUUGGCUCUUUUUUGCGCGAUAAAGGACUAGAAGAAUGGAUUGAAUUUGAAGAUCUCAUACAACGAUCUCAGGAAGAUCCCCAAAAGAUUCUGAGCAGAAUUUAUGAUGCAUUAGAUGAACAGCAAAAGCAGAUGUAUCUUGAUAUUGCGUGUUUUCCCCCGGAUGUGGAUUGUAGGAUUGCCUCGUAUAUGUGGCAUGAUUAUGAUCAUCCUAAUGAGGUAAUGGAGGUGCUUCGUCGUAUGUCCCUAAUAAAAACGGAAGAAAAUAAAGUAGGCAUGCACAGCAUGCUAAGAUGCCUUGCCAGGGAGAUUAUUCGUAAAGGUUUCCAUGAUCCAGGAACAGGCGUUGGAUUGUACGAUCCUGCCAUGGCCCAGGGCACGAACAAGGGGAAAAGGAAAGUAGACCACCUUAACACCGAAGUGGCAGGCCACGAGAUACUGCUGAACACGACAUUUCUCAGCUUGGGUCGCGCCAAUGAUGGUGGAAAAUUUGCAGAUGCCUUAAAGAAGGUCCGGUGGCUUCAUUGGCAAGGGUGCCCUCCAGAUGCAAGCAACAUUCAGUUGGAGGAAAAUGAGAACCUAGCUAUUCUUGAACUUCCGUGGAGUAAGGUUACAGAAUCCUGGGAUUGUUGGAAUGGAAGAACGAUGCAGCAAUUGAAAGUCUUGAAUCUUACUGGUUGUGCCGGCUUAAUAGUUACUCCCAGCUUCUCCUGUUGCCCCAAUUUGGAGAUGCUGAUUCUCGAGCGAUGUUCUCGAUUGGUUCAUUUAGAUCCUUCAAUUAAUGAUCUGAAGCUCUUGGUCACCCUGAAUUUGAAGUUCUGCUCCGAACUCACAAUGUUGCCAACCGAAAUGGGUGGGAUGAAUGCUUUGAGAGAGCUUCUGAUCGAUGGCACUUCCGUACGAGAACUUCCUGCGUCGAUUGGCAACUUGGUUCAUCUGCAAAUUCUUAGUGCCAUUAAUUGCUUCUCAUUGGGUCACGUUCCUGAUUCAGUUUGGAAACUUGAAGCUCUUGUAGUGCUAGCCUUCGAUGGCGCAAAUAUACUUGAGCUACCCAAGUCAAUUGGAGACUUGAAGAAUCUUAGACGCUUAUCUUUGAGGGAUUGUCGUGGCCUAGAAAAGCUUCCAGAGUCGAUUGACAAAUUGGCCGACUCAUUAGAAGAGUUGGAUAUUUCUGGUACGGGUAUUUCACAAUUGCCCGAUUCGACUAAACGUUUACGGAAUCUGAAAGUGCUGAAGAUGGAUUCUUGUUUCAUAAGGGAACUUCCUCGUGACAUUGAAUGGUUGACAAACCUGGAAGAAGUCCAUGCCUCCUUGUGUAGGAGUUUGGAGGGAGACAUUCCUAGUGGUAUUUGGCUCCUACGUCAUCUCAGAGAAUUGAGGCUUCGAGCUACUCGUAUAUCUAGACUUCCGUCAGAAAUCCAGUUCAUGUCGAGUCUUCAGACUCUGGAUUUGCUCAAUUGCAACUUUCUGGAAGAUUUGCCUAUCGAUCCUCCCCGUAACCUAAUUAAACUCGAUAUCAAUCCCAAGUUGAAGAAAAAAAUGUUAGAAUCUUCAGAAUUCAGCCGUUGGAGCCAUUUACUGUGUUAAUUUGAGUCACAUGGUCGAGUGUUGUUGUUUGGUUUGGAUCAAAUGGUU